AUGCCACUUAGACUGGUAGGGAUAGCGUCAAGGUCGCCAGAUAGGCGCUCUUCUACCUAUCUAGAGAAGGUGGCCGUGGUAUAUCCCCGCGAGAUGCAACAAGUCCAAGCGGAGAUUGACAGGCACAUUGGCAGCGAGCGACUCCCUACCCUUGCAGACCUCCCUCAACUCCCCUAUACACAGGCCUUCAUCUGUGAAUGUUCUCGCCUGUCACCCAUCUCCCCUUUCGGGCUCCACCGGGCUGUCAGCCAGGAAGACGAAUACAUGGGCUAUCGCAUUCCCGCAGACGCCACUAUUCUCCCUUUCCUGUGGGGAAUGAACAUGGACGAAACCAUCCAUCCGAAUCCCACCUUCUUCCAGCCCCAGCGGUGGAUAGACAACCCAACUCUCUCCAGCCCGGAUGCAUUCGGCUUUGGCAAGCGUUUAUGCCCAGGGAAACCCAUCGCAGAAAGGAUGAUCUUCAUAACCAUCGCAUGCGUCGCGUGGGGAUAUGAUUUUACAGCUGCCGAUGGCUUCGAGUACCAAGCUGACAAGUAUAAUCUGUUCAGCACGCCGUCGACAUCCGCCAUACGCGUUUUGUGCAGGAGCCCGGCCCACAGAGCUACCAUUGAACGUGUGCAUCGUGAAGCUGACCUCAGAUCUGAGGGUAUAUAG